ACCUAUAGGGGGCCUGUCACCCGGCACGUGCGCCGGGGGCCGGUUGGGCGCGAGGGGAGGGAGGCCGGCGGGCCGGCUGGGGCUGACCCCGACCCCGACCCGACCCGAGCCGAUCCACCCCGGAGCUCGGGCCUGGCCGGCUAGGUCUCGCCCCCAGCGCCCUGGCUGGGCUGCGUCGGCGAGAAGCCUCUCACCGCUGCGGCCCCUCCCGCUGCGGAGCACAGGCUCCGGAUGCACAGGCUCAGCGGCCAUGGCUCACGGGCCCAGCCACUCCGCGGCAUGUGGGAUCCUCCCGGACCGGGGCACGAACCUGUGUCCCCUGUAUUGGCAGGCGGACUCUCAACCACUGCGCCACCAGGGAAGCCCUUGCAAUGUUUUUUAACUUGUACGCGGGCCUCUCACCGCUGUGGCCUCUCCCGCUGCGGAGCACAGGCUCCGGACGCGCAGGCCCAGCAGCCAUGGCUCACGGGCCCAGCCGCUCCGCGGCAUGUGGGAUCUUCCCGGACCGGGGCAUGAACCCGCGUCCCCUGCAUCGGCAGGCGGACUCCCAACCACUGCGCCACCAGGGAAGCCCAUAUGUCGAAAGAAUACAGCUCAAGGUGAUAUUAUGAAGCAGAUCUAUUUGGCAUCUGUAAGGCAUUGGAAGUUGCAACUCUUGUGGAAGGAUCUAAUACCAUGAUCAGAAGAACUUUGGAUGUGUCUUUUCACUGUGACAUUGUGGUAUACGCUUGACAAGUUUUGCAAAGAGAUUUUUUUUUUUUUUUGCGGCACACGGGCCUCUCACUGUUGUGGCCUCUCCCGUUGCGGAGCACAGGCUCCGGACGCGCAGGCUCAGUGGCCGUGGCUCACGGGCCCAGCCGCCCCGCGGCAUGUGGGAUCUUCCCGGACCAGGGCCACGAACCUGUGUCCCCUGUAUCGGCAGGCAGACUCUCAACCACUGCGCCACAAGGGAAAUCCGCAAAGAGAUUUUUAUACUGACUCUGCUGACUAAUAUUUCGUUUGUGAAGCCAGGAGCCUCCAUAAAGGUUAAAAAUAAUUCAGCUAUAUUGUGUUGAACUUGAUUGAAGUGUCAUGAACAGUGUCUGGAGAGCAGAAGAACCAGUUCUCUCUUGUUGCGAUGGGUUUAGUCUGUUUACUUUCCUGGUGCCCUGUAGCUGAAGCUGGGGCUGGGAGGCCUGGUGAGGAAUGUUUCUUCUGGAGUUCCGACAGGCUCAGCUAUUUGUCACAGCCUCUGAAGCUGCUUGGCUACAGAUAAUUGCCUUUGAUGAGUUAAGGACGGAUUUUAAGAACCCCAUCGACCAGUGCAACCCUGUUCAUGCGCGGGAACGGCUGAGGAACAUCGAGCGCAUCUGCUUCCUUCUACGAAAGCUGGUGCUGCCGGAAUACUCCAUCCACAGCCUCUUCUGCAUCAUGUUCCUGUGUGCUCAGGAGUGGCUCACCCUGGGGCUGAAUGUCCCUCUACUUUUCUAUCACUUCUGGAGGUACUUCCACUGUCCGGCAGAUAGCUCCGAAUUAGCCUACGACCCGCCGGUGGUCAUGAACGCAGACACCUUGAGUUACUGUCAGAAGGAGGCCUGGUGUAAGCUGGCCUUCUAUCUCCUCUCCUUCUUCUACUACCUUUACUGCAUGAUCUACACUUUAGUGAGCUCUUAACUCAAAGACCACGCACAUCCUCAGAGACUGGGAUGGGAGAGGCCCGAGGCUGCGCAGUCCACUUCUGCUGGUGAUGGGAGAAGGGACCAGUGUGGGGAUGUGACAGACAGAGACGGGCAGACACUCUGAAUCGGGAGCCGGAAGCAUGCAGCAGCCAGCGGCCGAGUGCGCACGUGUUGUCACCCUGUGUGUCAGUCUUUGGCGUUCACACCCCACACUCGGGCUGUAGAUCCCUUCUGAGCAGCGGGGGCACGAGGGGUGACGAAACGCGAAACCUCUUCUGAGCGAGAAUUGCGGCUUCCUGAAUCCAGUUUAUUGAAUGGCUCCCUGAAGUUCACACUGCGUUCCUGGGCCGUGGGCGUGGAGGCUGGAUGGCUGGCAGGUGCCUGCUAAGGAACAGCGUGACCCAGGGUCAAGGCUGUAUCUGUGGGACUGAUUGAAGUCCUCAAGGACGUCACCGGCUACCUGAGACUCUCAGUGUUUCUUCCAAGCCCUGGCCACGCCCUUCACUUCAAUGGGAGGGGCCUGGAAGGUGUGCAGACUUGCCUUGGGCUAUAACCAGCCCUGAGCCUGCAGGGGUGUCUAUUUUCCUGCUGUGCUUUGUAAGAGCCCAGCUUAGGAUGUUAGUGACAUCACAAGCUGAAUUUGGGACAGUACGUUGGUAAAGAGUUAUGGCCAAAGUCAGGGCUUGGGGGUGGUGAGAUGGGAAGCAGGGAAUCAGGAAAAAAUGAUUUUUUAAAACACUGAUGACAUGUUCAAGGUGUUAUUUCUUCACCACCACAAACUGUAUUAUUCUGUUGUCAUCCCAAACUAUCACAGAGUCGCUGAAGGCAAAUCAAUUGGUCAACACUAGUCAAAGCUACUGACUUUUAAGGCUCCCAAAACAAUUCUGAGGCCAGAAAAAGCUGGAGUGGCAGCUCUGUACUGUGGGCAUCCGGCAGCCGAGAAGUGAGACGACAUAAUUACAGCUUCAUUUAUGAUGCUGCAUCAUUCGUGCUGUUCGGUUCAACACAAGGACAUUAGCUCAUUUAGAAUUUUCCAUUCGACAUUCUCUCCUUUUUGGGUAGGAGUUGUACUCGGGGGUUGUAAAUAAUGACAAGGCUGAGAUUUUUAUUUUGUUUAAAUUGGGCACCAUGAUUCUGACCUUAUUCCCCAAACGUCCCUUCUUUUCUUCUGUCUGACAUACACAGGCUAUUUAUACAUAUACCAGCUUCCACCUGAAGUCCGUGACUCAGGUUGAUGAACGGUGUUUGUGUAACACAUGCGCUGUGUUUAAAACGCAGCGACCGCUUGAGUGUCUCGCCUACCUGGCUGUCUCAUUUAAACGCAUUACAGGCUGGCUUCAUCUCCAUAUGGAUGGUAAACUGGUAGGUAGACAAAGAGAAGUUUCCAAAAAGCAUUUUCCUUCUAAAACUUCUACCGAAAACAAAAUGUAGGCUUCUGCUCUGAGGUUGAAGGUAUGGAACCGGAGGAUUCAAGGCAAUAUUUUGGGGAGCAGGCUUCCCCUUGGCCAAUACCCACCGUCCUGGCCGAGUAACUGUGUUUGUGGUGGAGAGUUUCUUUUAGGGCUGGUUGGCUCCGUCUUUGACUCCAUUCCUGAGACAACCAGCCACCUUCAUCCAGAGAAGCCAGCUCUGGGUUCCAGGCUGCAGGCGGCAAAUCUAACCCCACCGCCAUCUUGAAAAUGCAACUGAAGUCGGAGGGUAAACGGUCCAUGUUACUUCUCACCACGGAGCUGUUGUUUGUUUUCAUACUUUGCCUCCUUCCAAAAAGAUUUGAAGUGGCUUAUAAUAGCAGGCACAAGUAUGCAAAGACUGUUAAAAUGGAAAUAGGAAAUCCAAACUUAAAAAGGAGGACACAGAGAUACUGACUUCCUGAGGUACUCUAUUUACUGGGGAUUGAGCAUUAAAUUUGAUAUCAUUUCUUUUAACAGUAAAUAAUAGCAAUUCACAUUUACACAGCGCUUUUCAGAUUGCUUUUGUAUCUCAUUUGACUUUCCUCACCAUCCUGUGAAGUUGAUACUAUUCUUUUUCUCAUUUUCUAAGUGAGGAAGCUGAGGUUCAGAGAGGGUAAGUGACUUACCUAUAGUCACACAGCAGUCCCAGACCUGCCUUUGAACCCAGAUUGUCUGACCUUAAAAACCCCAUGUUCUUCCGUUUUAAACAGAGCACACGUGUUACACAAACACCAUUCAUAGACCUGAGUCACAGACUUCAUAUGGAAGCUGGUACACUGAAGAGCUGACAAAGUAGCUUAGGGUUCUGCUAAGGUUUGAUUAGCAUUAACUUUUUGAGAGAAAGAGAGUAUUUUAAAAAGAGAGUUAUAGAGAAAGUAUAUCUUCCUUCAGGUGCUAGCCUCAGUCUUGCUUUAUUGUGGGAGGUUCUUCUCUAAGGCGGUCCUCUAAAAGCUUUAAAGGUGUCAAGUGUCUCUUGGGCAGUUCUUAUGUUUAUGACAGAGAAACAUCCAAAUAUUUCCCUCCCACGAGUUGUGACUGGGAGAUCAUUCCAGUGGUUGUUGGGAGUUUGAGCCAAUUUUCAAUUGCUGGGAGAAGCUAAUUAUGAUGAUAAGAAUCAGAGUAAUACGCACAGUUGGUGGAGCCGUGUUAUGUACCAGGAUUUAUGCCAGGACCUCUUCCAACUCUCACACUGAUCCUACAAGGCAGGUUGCAUAUUCUCACCCCCAAUUUACAGGUCAGAAAAACAGGGAGGCUCGGGACGGAUGAGUCUUCCCUGGGUGAAUCAGCCAGACCAGAGCUCGAGGCUACAAAUAAAUGGCCAAAUAAUAACAAUAGCUAAAA